CAAAGGGCCCGCCUGCGCACACGACCACCACGACACAAACCUUUACAUGUACGACAUUAGACCAUCGAUAUUGCUGACAGGCAACUCAAUCGUUUUUCGCCUUCGCCAGCACGCAGCGCGCGAUUGACAGGAUCCACCCCCAUCCGAUGGCCUGGGUCUGACUUGCUCAUCCACGCACGACCCGACAGGCGCUCUCGUGUCAUCAUACAUGACGGCCAACUCACUUCCCAGCCCACCCGACGCUGAUCUGACACCCGACACCGCACCCAGCUGCUGCUGCAGCACACGAGACGCACUUCGUCCCGCCCUGUCCGCCAGUCUGCGAGGCCCAGCCCAGAUUGAACAGCCGCGUGCCCGCCACACCUCUCUUGUCGAUCCUGGUCGACUGAUAGCCGCCUAGAGCGACGCCACACUCAGACCGAGUCUCAGAGGCACAUCAAGACAGACGCUUAUUGACCCCGUGUUUGUCAAUUCCGCGUCAUAUACCGAGGGUACUACCAAGCGCAACCCUCGUCUUCGAGACCGAUUCGCGCGCGCUCCUGUCGCUGCGCGACCCCCAUCGUCCAAAGUGGCGGCGCUUACCCUCCUCAGCUACCCCGACACCGAGCUCUCCCUGCAACAGCACCUCGACAUUGCGCCCGACCUCCUUGCCAACUACGAGCGCCUUGCCACCGAGGAAGGAGGGGACCACGAGUCGUCGAUGAUGGC